AUGCAGUCAGGAAUCACAGUCUCCUCGGAGCUCCACGAUGCCUUCAACCGCUUCACCACCAACCCCUCAACCUUCUGUCUCCCCGUAACCAUAACAGCAGAAAGCCUCACCCCACUAUCCCCAAUCCCCUUCUCCGGCUCCUCCACCAGCCCAGAUGCAUUCUACACCUCCCUAACCCAGAUCUCUUCGAUCCUGCAGCCCAAGACCCCGAUUUACCUGAUCCUGCGCCGCCCGCUCGCAAGCAAGACCACCCUCGUCGCAUUGACCUAUAUCCCCUCCAAUGCCCCCGUUCGGCCGAAGAUGCUCUUCGCGUCGACUCGAUCGACCCUUGUUCGUGAGCUAGGCACGGAGAAGUUCGAUGAUACCGUCUUUGCUACGGAGGAGGAGGAGAUUGUUGGUCGUGAGGCGUGGUCGGAGCGGGAUGGGGAUAAGGCUGGCGUGGGGAGGGAGGCGCUUAUGGGGGAGAAGGAACGCGAGCUUGAGGCUGUCAGGCGGGCGGAGGCUGAGGCUAGGAGUGGUACGCCGCAAAGGGAUAUUGGGAUUGGGGGGACUUUUGGGCCUGGCACCGGUUCGGGGAUGAGGGUGUCUAUGCCUGUUGAUGAGGCGGCCAAGUCGGCUUUGAAUGAGCUUGGUGAUGGGGGGUUGGUGCAAUUGACUGUGGAUAUCCCCACUGAGACUAUCACCCUUGCCGACAAGCAGUCCGGGGUUCAACCGGAUUCCGUUGCUACCCACAUCUCCUCCUCUUCGCCUCGGUACUCCUUCUAUCACUAUCCCGGCUCGGAUGUCGUAGUGUUCAUUUACACCUGCCCCACGGGAUCCUCCAUCAGGGAGCGCAUGCUGCACGCCAGCUCGCGGAGGAAUGCCAUCACAGUCGCCGAAGGGGAAGGACUCAAGAUCUUGAAGAAGAUCGAGGCUUCGGGACCGGACGAGAUCACUGGAGAGCGGUUGAAGGAAGAGGUGCACCCGGCACAGGAUUCGGGUCCUGCUCGGGGAUUUGCUCGCCCCAGACGUCCUGGUCGGUAG